AUGCCUCCAUUUGAAAGAAUCUAGAAUGAGAAUAGCCCAGGAGGAGGAGGAGGAGGAGGAGCCCCCAACUGAUGCUAUAUAACUGGCACUGCUGAAAGCUGCAUUAGAUCUGUACAGCCAUAAACCAAUUAAUUGUAUAAAAUGGAGCAUUCCGGACCACGUUCAAAUCAACAACUUGAAUUUGAUCAACCAUGGAGGAAAAUGCCUUGGGGAGAAAAGGACAGAAUUGAACAGAAACUGAGGACAUUCAAGCUCAAGGGAACAAGUGCUCAGUUUGUGAGGAUUCUGGUUGUUGGUGAAGUCGGAGCAGGAAAGUCCAGUUUUAUAAACUCAGUCAAUAAUGCUUUACAAGGACGAAUCACCUCUGGGGCUCUUGUUGACAAGGCAGGAGGUACCAGUUUCACAAAGAAGUACAAAACUCAUUAUAUUGAAGCAGAAGAUGGCUCCAAUUUGCCUUUUGUCUUUAAUGAUAUCAUGGGACUUGAGGACAGAGAGUCUGGUGCAAAUACACAAGACAUUAUCAGAGCCAUAUACGGGUUACUUGAGGAAGGACACAAGUUUGAUGCACAUGUGACCGAAAUUAAAUACAGAAGCAACCCAAAUGUCGAGGAUCAAACCACAUGCCUGGUCAACAUUAUUGCUGCCGACAAAAUAUCAAUGAUGAAGGAUGGGGUCAUUGAUAAGCUGAAAAAAAUCCGUCAGGCUGGUACCGAACGGAAUAUGCCUCAAGUAAUCAUCAUGACAAGACCAGAUUCAGCAUGUCCACUGGUUCAACAGGACUUAAGGAAGAUCUACACCAGCCAAAAGAUCAAGGAGAAGAUGGAAGUGUGUAGUAAUACACUGGGGAUUCCUAUGAAUUACAUUUUCCCUGUGAAGAACUACCAUGAGGAGAUAGACACAGAUGAUGACAUGGAUCUUCUGAUUCUCAAGGCACUUGAUCAGAUUGUGCACAUCGCUGCUGACGCGUUGAAGGACAAAUCAUUUAAAUCUGUUGAAAAAACCGAGUAGGGACUCAGAUCACAAAGCCUCUGUGUAUUAAUGUAACCCAAAGUGAUUUACACAGCACUUAAAAUACACAGUAGGAGACAUGAUUAUUGUUGAUUGGAAAAGAGAACCAAGUAUGUAUUGCUAAAAUAAGUGUAACACUGUUUUCUGUAUUUAUGGAGCACAUUAGAUUAUUUUACUUUAGUUACAGUUACUGUUUUAAUCAACCCUAAAAUGUAAGUGAGGAAUUCUAUGUAAACGUUAAUCUUAUUAAUAAAAAAAUAAAGUUCUUACUUAAAGAACAAAACCCUU